AUGGCGAAUGCUCAGGAAUCUGAAAUAGCGGCGUUGAAAGCCGAAAACGCGAGCUUGAAGCAGCAACUUAAAGAGCAAAGUCAGCUUCCGAUGUCCUUGGAGGAGUUCAAAAGAUAUGGCAGACAGAUGAUUGUCCAAGAAACCGGUGGUGUCGAGGGUCAAGUAAAGCUGAAAAACAGCAGGGUUCUUGUUGUCGGAGCGGGCGGACUCGGAUGUCCCUGUUUGCCGUAUCUGGCCGGUGCAGGCGUAGGUCAAAUUGGUAUUGUCGAUAAUGACGUUGUGGAGACCUCAAAUUUGCAUAGACAGGUGUUGCAUGAUUCUAACAAGGUUGGAGUACUGAAGUGUGAGUCUGCCAAGGAUGUUCUGCUAAAAUUGAAUCCGCACAUCAAAGUCGACACUUUUCCUGUCAGACUUGAUUACAGCAACGCUUUUCAGAUAUUCCAAAAUUAUGAUAUCGUCCUGGACUGUACAGACACGCCCUUAACAAGAUAUCUGGUGUCGGACGUGGCGGUGAAUUUAGGUAUGACCGUAGUUUCUGCUUCUGGUCUCGGUUUUGAGGGCCAAUUAUCCAUUUUGAACUUCAAGAGCGUCGGACCCUGUUAUAGAUGUUUUUACCCAGUUCCUCCGCCACCGAACUCUGUAUCGUCCUGUCAAGAGGGUGGUGUCAUUGGCCCCUGUAUUGGACUCGUCGGAGUGAUGAUGGCGGUGGAAACUCUAAAGAUCGUCCUUGACGUUUACACUAUGGACAAUUUCAAGCCUUUUCUUAUGCAGUAUUCUGGCUUUCCCACGCAGUCUCUACGCACAUUCAAGAUGAGAGGCAGACAGGCGUCCUGUCUGGCAUGUGGGAAAAAUCCUUCCAUCACAAAAGCAUCCAUUCAAAGGGGUGAUAUUGAUUAUGAACUUUUCUGUGGCAAACGAAAUUACAACGUUUGUCUGCCCCACGAACGUAUGACAGUUGACGAAUUUCACACCUCAUUUUCGCAAGCGUCUGAACUGAAUCACAUUCUUUUGGAUGUAAGACCCCGUCAUCAUUACAACAUCUCGCAUUUGCCAAAUACGUUCAAUUUGACCGUCAAAGAGUUGAGAGAUAUGGAAGGCGACAUAUCCCAACUGAAGCGAGAGAUACCGGCCAUAGAUACUAAAAGUGAGGUGUUAGUUCUCUGCCGAUACGGAAAUGAUUCUCAGCUGGCCACCCGAAUUCUCAAAGACCAGUUUCAUUUGAGUAACGUCCGCGACGUCAAAGGUGGAUUUUUCAAAUAUAUCGAUGAGAUAAACCCGAAUAUUCCAAAAUACUGA